GGGCCAGAUAACCAAUCCAUCACCAUGCUCGUCUCCCAGCAAGAGCAGACGCUGUGUCGCCAGCUUCGCGAGCUGCCGCGCCGCCACAACUACCGCUUCGAUGACGCCGCCGCCCGCGACGUGCGCGAGGUCCUCUGCCGCUCGCUGGCCGGCCGCAGCGAGCACCUCGCCCUGUUCUUCCCCGACGGUCAGCCAUCCGACCCCGACAAGACGUGGAGCCUGCGCGAGGCCCAGGGCGCCGUCGAGGGCGCAGAGUACACGCCCGCCGCGAGAGGGAAGCCGUGCGGGCACAUCUUCAAGAACGGCGAGGCGACGUACCGCUGCAAGACAUGCUCGGCCGACGACACGUGCGUCCUGUGCGCCCGCUGUUUCGACGCCUCGGACCACGACGGCCACCACGUCUUCGUCAGCGUCUCGCCCGGCAACUCGGGCUGCUGCGACUGCGGCGACGACGAGGCCUGGGUGCGCCCCCUCCACUGCAACAUCCACUCGCCCGAGCCCGCCGACAAGGCCGCGGGCAAGGCGCGCGCCGGCGACGACCUGCCCGACGACCUGCUCGAGAGCAUCCGCAUGACCGUCGCCCGCGCCCUCGACUACCUCAUCGACGUCUUCUCGUGCUCGCCCGAGCAGCUGCGGCUGGUCAAGACGGAGGAGUCGAUUGCCCAGGACGAGCGCAGUUCGCGCCUCACGUCCAAGUGGUACGACCCGGGGGACCAGCCCGAGGAGCGCCCGGAGUACUGUCUGGUGCUGUGGAACGACGAGAAGCACACGAUACACGAUGUCCGCGACCAGGUCGCCCGCGCGUGCAAGCAGAAGCUGGCGUUCGGCACGGCAAAGGCCUACGAGGUGCACAACAUCGGCCGCUGUGUCGUCGUGUAUAGGACAGAGAUCAAGGACCUGCUCCGCAUGGCCAAGAUCAUCGAGGAGAUCAAACUCACUGUGACUAUCCGCUCCGCGCGGGACACGUUCCGCGAGCAGAUGGGCGGUGCUAUUGUCGAGUGGAUCUCAGACAUUGCGGGCUCCAGUGUCGGCGACGACAACCAUAUCCUUCGACGUGUCGUCUGCGAGGAGCUGUUGAAGCCGUGGCGCAUUGGGAGCGCGGCAUCCAACGAAAGCAUUGGCAAGGAUGGGCUCGACGACUGCGAGCUGGACGACAGGGCCGCCGAGGAGCGCCUCUACGACCUGCACCGUCGCCAACACAUGAUCCAUCACAACGUCAUUCGCAUCAGGCGGCAGCAGACAGCCAACAGAAACGACGACACGACCGCUUCAGACGAGGACGAGGAUGAGGAUGAAGGUGCCGGGCCAGCAGACACUGGAGACGACAUGGACAUUGACGAAGUGGGCGCCCACGAUCAUGACGGGGACGUGGAUAUGGAUGCGUAUGAGAGCGCCGACGAGGGCCGGACAGCAAGACAUCUGCUCCCUCCACUGCCGCCUCGCUUUGCUCCAAGAGACGGCGCAACGCCUGCCGAUUCAGACGGCGAGCUUGUAGUGAGCGCGCCGUCUCUCAGCCAUGUCGAGCCGUCGUUGCCCGUCCCAGAAACACCACAGACACGGUCACUUCCACUACGACCAUCGCGACCUUCCAAGUAUUGGCUAGAAACCCCAGAGAGCUAUGGCAGGAACCCAGAAACCCCUCCCCAUGAAGACCUCUGGCAGCGCCUGCGUCUUGACCGUCUGAUUCUAUACGACUUGCGCAUGUGGAAGCAACUGCGCAUUGACCUGCGGGACGUGUUUAUCAGCACGGUGGUCUCGAUACCUGAGUUUAAACGCUUGCUGGGCUUGCGCUUUGCGGGUGUGUACACGGGGCUGGCGCAGCUGUACCUUAUUGCGGAUCGGGAGCCGGACCAUUCCAUCAUCAAUCUAUCUUUGCAGAUGUUGACGACGCCCUCCAUCACCGCUGAGGUGGUCGAGCGCGGGAACUUCCUUACCAGUUUGAUGGCUAUCCUGUACACGUUCUUGACUACUCGGCAAGUUGGCUAUCCAUGGAAUGUCGACCCAAAAGCGACUCUAGCAUUCGAACAGGGUGCGGUAACCAACCGGCGGAUAUUCCACUUCUUCAUGGAUUUGAAGUAUCUAGUUGGUUCGGCAUUUGUUCAGGAGCGCAUUCGUGAAGAAGAACGGUAUCUGUUGCAGUUUCUAGAUUUGGUCAAGCUUCACCAGGGCAUCUGUCCGAAUGUGCGUGCCGUCGGCGAGCACCUCGAAUUCGAGUCGGAGGCUUGGAUCAACGCAUCGCUCAUCACACGCGAAACGAACAAGGCGUGCAGGAUCUUCGCGGAAUCCUUCUCGUGGAACCGCGACGAAGACGACACGAACAUCCGCCGCGCGAUACGUGCAGCUGCGAGGGUGGUGAUAGUGAACUCGCUAGGCGCUGAGCGAAAGCGCUUCGACCAGACAGAAAUCAAAGAGGAGACGAGAUUCAAGACGCUGGAAGUUUUCGAAUUCGACGCCGAGCCUUCGACGUUCUUCGGACCGUCGUACAAGAUUGUUGACUAUGUUGUUGCUAAAGAGCCUAUGAGUUUUCACCAUGCACUGCAUUAUACUUUGUCCUGGCUCAUCGAUCGGGCGCGCAGUAUGCAUCGCGAUCAUCUGCGCCAGUUGCUGCUUUUUUCGCAAGGAGAGCUGCAGGUUGAUUUAAAUCCUGUUAGCACUUCUAUCCCUGCUCAUCAAUCUGAAGAGUAUAUGCUUGCGCUGUUCGACUUCCCGCUCCGGGUCUGCGCUUGGCUGGCCCAAAUGAAAGCAGGCAUCUGGGUUAGGAACGGGAUCACGCUUCGACACCAGAUGCACCAAUAUCGAGGCGUAUCGCAGAGAGACGUGUCUCACCAGAGGGACUUGUUUCUGCUUCAGUCUGCGUUUGUAUUGUGCGACCCCUCGAUAUACCUCGCAUCGAUGAUUGAUCGCUUCGGCUUGAUGGGCUGGAUGACGGGGAAAUACGAAACCAGCCAGCACGGGUUCGAGGAUAGCCAGGCGAUUGAUGUGGUGGAAGAUUUCGUGCAUCUUCUCAUCAUCGUUCUGAGUGAGCGCACGUCGCUGAUCCCGGCGGAGGAUAACAACGAGUCUCAUCUUACCGCCAUGCGCAAAGACCUCGCCCACGUCCUCUGCUUCAAACCGCUCUCGUUCUCGGAAAUGGCCACACGUCUGUCGGAUAAGAUACAGAAUAUGGAUGAAUUCCCCACUGUGCUGUCUGAGAUGACGACGUUUAGAGCCCCGGAGGGUCUUUCUGAUAGUGGGACGUUUGAGCUCAAGGAACAGUACCUCGACCUGAUUGAUCCCUACCUACACCAGUACAAUCGUAAUCAACGAGAAGAGGCGGAGACUGCUUACAAGAACCACGUCGCGAAGAAGACGGGAAAGCAGGCUCGUGAUAUUGUGUUCGAACCACAGCUGCGACCCAUUCCCUCUGGACUGUUUCAAAAUUUGGCAGCGUUCACGCGAACGCCGCUGUUCACACAGAUUGUGUAUUACCUCCUCGGCUACAGUUUGAGGGCAGCAGCAGUCACGCCAAGUAUACCUGCGACACGGGUAGAAACAUAUAUCCAGUUUGUCCUGCAGCUUGUUCUUGUAGCUAUUCUGGAGGACAAGUCAGAGGAGCAGGAGUGGGCUCAGGAAGCCCCAGGCUCCUUUGUUACCUCGGUGCUCACCAAACAAGCUAAUCUGGGCAUUCCGGAUCAUCCUACUAUCCUGUCGAUUUUGAAGGUUCUUCAAGAGAAGGAAUCAUUCAAGGCUUGUGAGCCGAAGAUCAACUUGAUACUGCAUAAGCUCAAGCAACGGCAACAGAACAAGUUUAUUGUCGCGGCAGCUGCGCUUGGUAUGCAGACUGACAAGAUUGACACUGCGUCUCCGGCUAGCUUUGGGAUUGCGGAGAAGGAGCUUAAGAAGAAGCAGGCGUCGGAGAGGCAGGCAAAGGUCAUGGCUGCGUUCAAAGAGCAGCAGACAAAAUUCAUGGCUAAUCAGGAGUUUGACUGGGGCGAGGACGACUUCAGCGAUCUAGAAGACGAGACCGGCGGACUGGUUGAGCAAGAGAAGACGUUCAAGUACCCAUCCGGUACCUGUAUCCUGUGCCAAGAGGAGACGAACGAACAAAAGCUCUACGGUGCAUUUGGCUACGUUUCCGAGAGCAAGAUACUCCGACAGACUGACCUGGAAGACGAUGACUGGGUCGACGAGGUCGUCCAGACUCCAGUCAGUCUGGACCGCGCAGCAGAUGACGUCCGACCAUUUGGCGUAGCCGGCAAAAACCGACGCAUCGUGGAGAAGGUCUCGGCUACUGGCGAGCGCAUCGCUACGAAGAGACAAGAGCUAGGCAAAGGAUUUCCCAGUUCGCAAAUCAAGCGGGGCCCCGUCUCGACCGGGUGUGGACAUAUCAUGCACUUUGCCUGCUUUGAGAACUACCUUGGCGCGACACAUAGGCGGCACGUCAGUCAGAUUGCGAGGAAUCACCCCGAGCGAGUCGACUCCAAGGAGUUUGUGUGUCCGCUGUGUAAGGCGUUGGGGAAUGUGUUUUUGCCGAUUAUCUGGAAACCGAAGAAGAUCUCGCAGUUGGGUGAGCUGGAAACGGAGACGGGGUUUGAUGAGUGGAUUGAGUCGCAGAUUGUCGCGAUUUAUAGGAAUACUGUGGGGACUACGGGGAAAGCACCGGUUGAUCUUGCGAAAGAUCAACGAGUGCUUUUGGACUAUGGGGAACGCGUUUUCAUCCAGCCUGUGUCUAGCCGUCUUCCUGAGCUCCUCAAGUCGAGCUUGGCUAGUGCAGUUCCAGCGCCGCAGCCGCCCGCACAGCCGUCCACACAGCCUCAAUUCCAGCUUUUGGGUUUCCCGGGCAGAUCGUCUUCUGAAGUUGUUGAAUCCUCGGACCAUGGCUUGGUUGCGGUACCAAGCUCUCCCAUAUCGGAGCUCAUCAAGGUCUACCAGAGACUUCGAGACGCGUUCCGUGUCUGCAAGAUUCCAACAGCCUUUAUGCAUCCACCUACGCCGGCGAGUGGUGGUGAAGAUCUAACACAUACCGAUUCGCUCGCGCAGACUCUGGGCUACUCCAUCGCGGCUGCUGAGAUUGCGCAGCGCGGUGUGCAGUCAGAUUCUAUACGGGGCACGCUGAUCGACAAGAUCUCGCCCCAGGCAUUGACGCAUCUCCACGUUCUCUCCGAAACAGUCUCGUCCUACAUCGCGGUGGGGAGUCUGCGGAACCGCGGCUCGAACAAGACUAUGGAGGAGUAUGUCGAGACCCAUCGCCGACAGUUCCGCCAGCUGUUUGUCGGCCAUCCGGGAAUCUUCAACCCUGAUGUGCUGAGUCUGGAUCUUAAGGGUAUCUCGCCCUUGCUGUACCAGGAUCCGUUCAUCUUCCUAUCCGAAUGCGCCAUGGGCGUCGUGACGGCGGCGAACCUCGACAUCCACCAUGUCAUCCGCCUAUGCUAUUUAGCAGAGAUCGUACGCGUCGUAAUGGCCUUUUCAACCCUCACCAAGACAACCUCAUCGCGCUUCCAACACCCCGAGCAAUUCACCAACCCCGCAAAAGCAAGCCCCCAAUCCCUCACCCCAACCCAGUUAAACGACUUCCUAUUCUUCAUCUGCAUCGUCUACAACAUCGCCGACAUCGACGACUCCCCCGCAACACUAACCAUCGACUCCCUCCCCCUCCCCGCACACUUCAAAGACCCACACGCGCUUUACUUAAUGUACACCAUGGUCUCCACCUACGCCCUACCUUUUGUCCGCAAAGCUGCUAUCCUAAUGCACGUCCGCUUCGGCACAGACGUCCCGCACUCCCCCCCCGAACACACAGACGACCCAGAACUCGCACGCCUCUCAGCCGUCCUGCACCUCCCCUCCCUACCCUCCCUCUUCGCCGCUUUCGCGCGUCGGGAUGGUGCAGCGCACACCAUGCGCUCCGUGGUCGGCGGCUGGAUCCGCCAUCUUCUAUGGGCGCAGGCGGGUCGUGUGCCCACGCAGCCUACUAUCUCGCUCUCCCACCCCGCGAUUUUUGAGCUCGUGGGCUUGCCGAAGAAUUACGAUGCGCUUACUGAGGAGGCUAUCCGUCUGAAGUGCAGGGCGACGGGGAAGGAGUUGACGGACCCCGCGCUGUGUCUGUUUUGUGGCGAGAUUAUGUGUAGUCAGGGGGUUUGUUGUGCGACGGGGGAUGGGAGGGGGGGGUGUAAUCAGCAUCUUGUUAAAUGCGGAGGCACAAUCGGCAUCUUCAUCCACAUCCGCAAAUGCAUGGUGCUGUUCCUCAACAACGACAACGGGUGCUGGGCCGUGGCGCCGUAUCUGGAUAAACAUGGUGAAGUGGAUCCAGCGCUGAGGCGACAUCAUCAGUUGUUUCUUAAUCAGAAGAGGUAUGAUGCGUUGCAGAGGAAGGUGUGGCUUGAGGGUGGGAUUCAGAGUCUGAUUGCGAGGAGGCUGGAGGGGGAUAUAAAUAAUGGGGGGUGGGAGACGCUUUGA